CUACGCCUAGAAGGAAGCUUCUUUGAUGUGGUUAUCUGUGUUUCUGGAGUGGAGUUUCCUGCUCACAAGAAUGUCCUCUGCUGCUGUAGCCCCUAUUUCAGAACACUCUUCUCCGAAGGACUUAAUCAAAACAAUGACAAAGUUUACAACAUCCAGGGAAUAUCUCCCGAAAUGAUGGAAAUGAUUAUCAUAUUUGCCUACACACAGACUGUUCCUGUCACAAGAGACAAUGUGGAUCAGCUGAUGGCUGUAGCCAACCAUUUUAACAUAUCAGGGCUGUUGCGAAUUUGCAGUGAUUUUCUUGAGGCUCAUCUUCACUUGCACAACUGCAUUGGGAUUUGUAGGCUGGCGUAUUAUUACUCCUGCCCCAAGCUGCGGAUUUCAGCAUUCAAGUUCAUCUUACAAAAAUUUGAGGAGCUGGUCAUGGUGUCAGAAGAGUUCUUGCAGUUGACUUUCGCUGAACUGUGUGAUAUCAUUGAGCGGGAUGAACUUAAUGUAAGGAAUGAGAGCCUGGUUUUCACUGCUGUUCUGAAGUGGACUUCUCACCAUCCACAUGACCGCAAUGGUUUUCUCACCAGACUCCUUUCUAAGGUACGCCUCUCACUUAUAGACCAGGACUUGUUUUUGGACAAUGUGAAGAAUAACGAAUACGUGAAGAGCAACAAAUACUGCAAAUCCUUAGUUUAUAUUGCCUUUUUGCAAGCAAUGUAUGACCUCAGCUUCAAUGUGAGCGGUGCCUCACUCUGUUGCUACCGUUCAGUACACUCGCGUCUGCCCUUCAGCGUCCUGUUGUCGAUUGGUGGCUGGAGUGGUAACCGUCCUACCAAUGCCAUUGAAGCAUAUGAUUCACGAGCUAAGGUGUGGACAGAUGUGAUAUGUGAAGACGGCCCACCCAGGGGCUUUCUUGGAACUGCCUACCUUAAAGGGUAUAUUUACUUAAUUGGAGGCUCCAGCAUUCUGGGAUUCUAUAACAAGGUGUGUAGUUUUGACCCUGUGAAGAAGGUCUGGCAGGAGGUGGCCCCCAUGCAUACAUGCCGUGGUUAUGUUAGUGUGGUUGUUCUCAAUGAUCUCAUCUAUGCAAUGGGUGGCUACGAUGGUUUAACUCGUUUCAACACAGUUGAAAAAUACAAUUCUGAUACAAACCAGUGGACUCUGCUUUCGGCCAUGCAUGAGCAUAGGAGUGAUGCCAGUGCAACCACUCUGCAUGGGAAGAUUUACAUCUGUGGUGGCUUCAAUGGAGAUAACUGCCUCUUCACAGCAGAGAUGUACAACCCGGGAGUAGACCAGUGGUCACUGAUCGCCCCGAUGAUGACCCAGAGAAGUGGCAUGGGGGUGAUUGCAUACAAUGAUGAAGUUUAUGCAGUAGGAGGCUUUGAUGGAGACAACUGCGUGAACACUGUUGAGGCAUACAACCCAGUGACAGAUACUUGGCGCACAGUGUCCUCCAUGAUUAUGCCGCGCAGUAACUUUGGCAUUGAGACGAUGGAAGGUCUCCUUUAUAUUGUGGGAGGAUUUGAUGGCUUCUCCACUUCUGCCAAGGUGGAAAGUUACAACAAAGACACAAACGAGUGGAAGGAGGUGCCUGACAUGAACACGGGCCGCAGCGAGUUCAGCUGCUGUGUGUUGUCUGGACUGCCCAACAUUCGAGACUAUGUGGUGUAUCGUGAGCCACCAGCACCUGUCUGCCUAUCAGUGGAGAGGCGGCUGUCCCCUUUCUACAACAUUCCACUUUAG